AUGAUGCCCUCCAAUGGUUCAGGGAACAUACUACUCUCUCUAGUAGUUCCCCUAUGUGUCUUAUCUUCCUCUCUAGGCAGUAGAUGCCAGUGGCAUGGAGCUUCCUGGUACAGUGCAUGAUAUCAUGAACCGCUGGGUCUAUCAGAUGGGCUUCCCAGUGGUCACCAUAAAUACAGCCACUAGACAGAACUCCCAGCAGCACUUCUUACUGGACCCUGAUUCUGUGUGGACUGUACCACCAUCUGAAUUCAAGUAUGUCUGACUAGUCUGGAGGAGCAGGUUUUCGUCAAGGAUCUCUCUGUACUUUGCUCCGUUCAUCUUUCCCUCGAUCCUGACUAGUCUCCCAGUCCCUGCCGCUGAAAAACAUCCCCACAGCAUGAUGCUGCCAACACCAUGCUUCUCCGUAGGGAUGGUGCCAGGUUUCCUCCAGACGUGACGCUUGGCAUUCAGGCCAAAGAGUUCAAUCUUGGUUUCAUCAGACCAGAGAAUCUUGUUUCUCAUGGUCUGAGAGACUUUAGGUGCCUUUUGACAAACUCCAAGUGGGCUGUCAUGUGCCUUUUACUGAGGAGUGGCUUCCGUCUGGCCACUCUAACAUAAAGGCCUGAUUGUUGGAGUGCUGCAGAGAUAGUUGUCCUUUUGGAAGGUUCUCCCAUCUCCACAGAGGAACUCUGGAGCUCUGUCAGAGUGGUCAUCGGGUUCUUGGUCACCUCCCUGACCAAGGCCCUUCUCCCCUGAUUGCUCAGUUUGGCCGGGCGACCAGCUCUAGGAAGAGUCUUGGUGGUUCCAAACUUCUUCCAUUUAAGAAUGAUGGAGGCCACUGUGUUCUUGAGGACCUUCAAUAAUGCAGACAUUUUUUCAAUAAUAACCUUCAAUAAUGCAGACACUUCCCCAGAUCUGUGCCUCGAUGCAAUCCUGUCUCUGAGCUCUACGGACAAUUCUAAAAACCUGUUUUCACUUUGUCGUUAUGGGGUAUUGUGUGUAGAUUGAUGAGGAAAAAUGUUUAUUUAAUCAAUUUUAAAAUAAGGCUGUAACAUAACAAAAUGUGGAAAAGUCAAGGGGUCUGAACACUUUCCGAAUGCACUAUAUGUCAUGAGAAUGUUUACAGCAUUUUCAUCUAUUACAUACAGUAUGUAUGAAUAAUAUAAUAAUAAUAAUAAUAAUAAUAAUAAUAAUAAUAAUAACAAUAAUAAUAUAAUAAUUAAUUUUGGUGACUAGGUAUGAGUGGAUGGAGGCAGGAGUGGUUCAGAAAUAAAUAUGGCAGCUUGAGAAAAAGGGUACAGAUACAGGAAGCCUGUUUAUUAGCGUCCUCUGUAGAAGACUGUGGACGAAUAUAAAAACAUAAAAUAAUCUGAUAAAAUAGCAUGCAGGUUUGAUCUACUAUCGGUAUCUUCAUUGUCAUGCAUUAUAUUAUUUUCCUCAGCUAUAAGCAUUAACUUGACAAGUGGUCAGUGGGUACUAGCCAACCUCAAUGUGACUGGAUACUACAGGGUUAACUACAACCUUGGCAAGUGGGAACAUCUCCUCUUCCAAUUGAGCGCUAUUCAUCAGGUAAAAAUAAAAAUGUAAUCAUCAGAUUACGUUUGAAGGGUAUUACUGCCCAUGUUAUUUUGCUUGAAUACAACACUGAUGGAGUCUGAUUUUUUUCUUCCAGGUCAUUCCACUUAUAAACAGCUCACAUUUUGUGGAUGACUCUUUUAAUCUGGCAAGGUUAGGGUUUUGACGUUUUUGAACCACCACAAAUGUCACAAAACAGAUGUUUGCAUCCUAUUUUGGUGAUUGCAUUUCUAACCAGUCUUCCCUUCUACAGAGCAAAAAUCAUUGCCACAACAUUAGCUCUGAGAACCACAAAAUAUCUCUGCAAAGAAAAGGAAUGCAUGCCAUUGGAGUUGGCUCUGGAUAACUAUGGGACUAUGCAGGUAGAAUGUCAGUCAUAUAAUUUGUGACAAUUACACAUAUAAGAUAUUUUGAGACAGAAAAUACUGAUCAUACUUGAAUACAUAUAUAGUAUCUUAUUCUCUCUUCUUGUCAUUGGAUUAUGUGAGGAAUCUAGUGACACUCUUUCUUUCUACACUUCAAGACUAUUACUUCAGACUGGACUAAAGUGCCUGAUGGACAUACAGACCAGUGAGUGGAAUGACCCAAGGCAUGGUCUACUUGGUAUGGUCUGAAAGGAGUAUAUGGCUUUAUGAUAACAUCAGGCACAACCAGGUACAACCAGGUGAAUGCCAUUAGGAUGACACUGGAGUGGUGGAGUGUCCGAAUCUGACUAAAGGCUGGUACAGUCAGUGGAUGGCUGACCCUGACAACAACCUGUGA